AUGGCGCUGGAGCGGGCGCUGCUGGCGGCGCGGCAGGGCGACGUGGAGGCGCUGCGGGCGCUGCGGGCGGCGGGGCUGCUGCGGCCGGGGCUGCGGGACGCGCUCGGCGCCUCGCCCGCGCACCACGCCGCCCGCGCCGGCCGCCUCGCCUGCCUGCGCUACCUGGCCGCCGAGGCGGCGCUCCGCGGCGACGCGCGGGCGCGCAACGGGGCCACGCCGGCCCACGACGCCGCCGCCACCGGCAACCUCGUCUGUCUCCAGUGGCUGCUCACGCAGGGGGGCUGCGGCGUGCAGGACACAGACAACUCCGGUGCCACUAUCCUCCACCUCGCGGCCCGCUUCGGGCACCACGAAGUGAUCGACUGGCUGCUCCGCUUCGGGGGCAGCGACCCCACGGCAGCCACGGACACGGGCGCGCUGCCCGUGCACUACGCUGCGGCCAAAGGAGAUUUCCCUUCCUUGCAACUCCUCCUAGCCCACUGCCCCAGCACGCUCUGUGCCCAGACCAAGACCGGUGCCACCCCUCUGUACCUCGCCUGCCAGGAGGGCCACCUGGAGAUCAUCCAGUACCUGGUGCAGGACUGCGGCGCCGACCCACACGUGCGCGCCGCCGACGGCAUGACGCCGCUGCACGCCGCCGCCCAGAUGGGCCACAACACCGUCAUCGUGUGGCUGAUGAGCUUCACCACGGCGAGCCUCGCGGAGCGGGACGACGCCGGCGCCACGGCCAUGCACUUCGCCGCCAGCCGCGGGCACGCCAAGGUGCUGAGCUGGCUGCUGCUGCACGGCGGCGAGAUCAGCGCCGACGCCUGGGGCGGCACGCCGCUGCACGACGCCGCCGAGAACGGCGAGCUGGAGUGCUGCCAGAUCCUCGUGGUUAACGGUGCCGACCUGGGCGUCCGCGACCACGACGGCUACACGGCGGCCGACCUCGCCGCCUGCAACGGCCACGGCCACUGCGCCGACUACCUGCGCACCGUGGAGAGCAUGAGCCUGGAGCACCGCGUGCUGUCGCGGGACCCCUCCGGCGAGGCGGAGUGCCGGCAGCCCGACUCGGGCAUGUCGUCACCCCACACCACGGCCUCGGCGCCCCAGGCGCGCUUCCGGCUUGGCUCGCCCGCCAGCACCCUCUCCAACUACGACUCCUGCGACUCCAGCCGCUCCAGCACCGGCGAGAAGCGGGGCGGCCCGCCGGCGGCCGCCGCAGCCCGCAGCCCUGCCGCGGCGCUCGCCGACAUGCAGGCCUACAUGGACAUGCUGGACCCCGAGCCGCGGGCGCGGGGCGGCCAGGCGCCCACCGGUGACGGCCCCCCGCCACCCCCCGGCUUCCCGCCGCCGCCGCCGCCGGCCCCCGGCUACCCAGCACCGGCACCGCCCGCCCCGCGCACCGCCGACAUCUACGUGCGGGCCAAGAACAACCUGCGGCACGUGGAGAGCCAGGCGCAGCGCCGGCAGCCGGCGUCGCGCGAGAGCAGCCCCGAGGGCCUGCGCCGGGCCGACUCCACCAGGAAGUCGAGGAACUUCGGGAAGCAGCCCAGCACCGGCGACUACUACCGGCACCUGGGGCCCGGCGCCGCCGAGCAGCCGGGGCCCCGCGGCAUGGCGCACAGCGAGGAGGCGCCGCUCCUCGCCGCCGACACCAUGCACAACGGCGGCCCGGCGGAGAGCAAGGCUGGCACGGAGCCGCCGCCGCCGCCGCCGCCGCUGCCCGCCGCCGCCUGCCCGCCACCGCCGCCGCCGCCACCGCCGGCCGAGGGCCCCGCCGGCCCCCGCCGCUCCUCCUCCUCCGCGGGAAAAGGAAAAGCUUUGAGGCAAAUGAAGAGUACCAAGUCGUUCAACAUGAUGUCCCCCACCGGCGACAACUCGGAGCUGCUGGCUGAGAUCAAGGCUGGCAAGAGCCUCAAGCCGACGCCGCAGAGCAGAGGCUUCACCACCGUCUUCUCCGGCAGUGGCCAGGCGGGGCCCAACGCCGAGUCGCCGGCAUCCUCCCCGUCACCGGCGCGGACGCCCACCCCGCCGGCCACCCCCGAGGCGGCAGUGGCAGCGGUGCCGCGGGCGGGCGGCUCGCCGGAGCCCGUGGUGAACGGCAGCUCGCCGGUGCCGGCGGCGGGGGCCGGGGGCCCUCCGGACGCGGAGGCGCUGGUGCCGAGCCACGACGAGCAGGGCCGGCCCAUCCCCGAGUGGAAGCGGCAGGUGAUGGUGCGCAAGCUGCAGCUGAAGAUGCAGGAGGAAGAGGAGCAGAGGCGCAAGGAGCAGGAGGAGGAGGCGCGCCUGGCCAGCAUGCCGGCCUGGAGGAGGGACAUCCUGCGCAGGAAGCUGGAGGAGGAGAGGGAGCAGAAACGGAAGGAGCAGGAGAAGCUGCGGCGCGAGGAGGAGGAGAAGGAGAAGGAGCAGUCGGAGAAGCUAAGGACUCUUGGGUACGAUGAGAGCAAGCUGGCGCCCUGGCAGCGGCAAAUCAUCCUGAAGAAAGGGGACAUAGCCAAGCACUAGCCGCGCCGCGCUCCGCCCGUGCCGUGCCGUGCCGCGCCGCGCCGUGCCACGGGGCCCGGCCCCGCGCA